CCACUCUAUACUAAUAACUUGUAUCGAUGCCAAGAAGAAACGGAGUUAAUGUCCUCCGAUACAUACCGACAUGUCGAACAUUUCCGCAACAAGCUGCACCGCCCGUUACAACCAGUCCCAGCUUGACUCCUCCUCCAACAGCCGCCAGCUAUUCAAUCGUAUUUCCCCGUCACUGCAUAGUUGGGCGAUAUGGCCAGAAACACUCCAACAUGGGCCAUGUUCGAUUUCUUACUCACACAUCUUACCGCACGAAACACGUAGAGGAAACCAGUCAUGGCCUUCGUGACUACCAAGAAGAGUGUAUAUCCCACAGCAUGGCAGCCAUGGCAGCCGGAAGAACUAAACUAGCGGUAUCCCUCCCCACAGGUAGCGGCAAGACUGUUAUUUUUGUCAACUUAAUUAAGCGAACCCGCCAGCAUCCACCCAAGAAAGCCUUGAUCUUGGUUCACAGAAAGGAGCUUGCCGCCCAAGCCAUGAAGGCCUGCGCCGUGUACCUACCUGACUUAUCGGUGGGCUUGGAAAUGGCGGAAAAUCGUGCCCUUCCUGACAACAACAUUGUGAUCGCCUCCGUUGCUUCGUUAUCCCGGGGGAACCGCCUUGACCUGUACGUUCCAUCCGAAUUCGACUUGAUUAUCAUCGACGAGUGCCAUCAUGCGGUUGCUCCGUCCUACAGAAAGAUCCUCCAACAUUUCAAGUCCGCAUCUGUCCCGUACAUCGGCUUUUCUGCCACAUUGGAGCGAGCGGACCUGAAAACAUUGCAUGCCGUGUUUCCCGAGGUGGUUUACCAAAAAAGCUUGAGUGACUUUGCCCUGGACAGGUGGCUCAGCGACAUUGUUUUCACGACGGUGGAGACCGAAGCAGACUUGUCCGUCGUGGAAGUGUACUCGCAGACCGGCGACUACAAUACCAAUAAACUUUCCACGGUCAUGAACACCAGUCACAACAACUCGUUGAUCUUGACGACGUACAUCCACAUGGCAAAAACCUACAGCCGAAUGUCCACUUUGGUGUUCUGUAUCAACAUCGACCAUCUUCGCUCGCUCCAGGAGGUUUUCAUCAUGCGUGGAGUCGAUGCGAGAUUUGUCACCGGUGAGACCAAAUCUGCUGAGAGGAUCGAGAUUGUGGAAGCGUUCAAACGGGGCGAGUUUCCGGUGUUACUCAACUGUGGUGUGUUCACUGAAGGCACAGAUAUUCCGAACAUCGAUUGUGUCUUAUUGGCCCGUCCCACCCGAUCGCGGCCGUUGCUCACUCAAAUGAUUGGCCGAGGGUUAAGAAGAGCCAUGGGAAAGGAUAACUGUCACAUUAUCGACUUUGUAGGGUUGAAUGAUACCGACGCUCAGACAGUUCCUGCGUUGCUCGGCUUAAAGUCUAGCACAAAGCUCAAGGGGAUGUCGCUUUCCGAGAUUUUGGCGUUGCAGAAGGAGCAGCAGGCGAAAAAUCUCACCAAUUUUCCAGAGCGGUUUUUGGAGGAGCUUCGCAUGAUGGAGGGUCCAACGGAGCCUGUUUUUUCUGAUGACAACCGGCCGAUGGAGGAGAUUAAACUUAUGGAUACCGAAACAGCGUUGGAAAAGGUCAAUUAUCUUUCCCUUGACAGGGAGCUAGCGGAAGAGGAGAUGUUUUCGAAAACAGAGACGGACGAGGUGGGUUCUACGGAUGCCAAGAAGAGAGAGGUGGAGGAGGUUAAGUCUCCAGCCAAGAAAAGAGAGGCGAUAAAGACGGCCAGUGCCGACCAGAUCAACCUCCAGACGCUAUUCUACGAUUACUUGGACAUCGGCCGCGAAUUGGACAAGGAAGCCGAAAAGUAUCCGGACAUUCUCUCGCUCCAGCUCGACUUUGAGCUGAGCAGCUACCCAUGGCUCGCGCUCAACGCCCUCACCUUCAUCGUCCCGCUUCUCCACAACAACAACAGCGUUUUAGACCGGCGUGUGUUCUUUUUGUGUGUGCGCAAGACCAAGACUGGCUAUACAAUGACCCUUGACUGCACUGCGCCCGGUCACAGAUUUCUGAAAGACAUCACCUCCAAGGUGUCGCUCGGCGAAGUAUUCUCGUUAGCCGAAAACUACCUCAACCUUAUUUCUGGAAACCACAGCGACUGGCGCAAGCACGCGUUGUGGCGCUACGACAGCGUCUUGCCGAGCCAGCACGAAUACAUCACGCGUGAAUUUGGGAGACUAAUGGACGGGAAGAAGAUUGCUGUCGAAGGGUACAACGAAGUAGAAGUGUCAAAGUUCUUUUCUGCCCUCACGUUCGGCGACUUUGCCAGUUUAGUGGGCGCCUUCCGCGCUGCCCCACGCGCGGCGGUGGCGUAUAUUUUGGCCCAACUCGGAUGGGGAUACACUGCUUUGCCUCGGUCGGGUGAGGGAAGCAAUGAAGCAUUUGUCUCCUACAAGAUCGAGCAACGCAAUAAAACAUACAACUACUUGUACACCGAAGCACAACUCCUUGUUCAGAGGUUCAAACAGAGCCCGGUAAGGUCCGGGAGCGUAUAUCCGUGGUACGUAGUGGACCAGGUUUCGGUAAUGCCGUUCAUCCACGAUACAGAAAUGCAGGCGCGGUUCUAUUUCUUGGUGAUUAACCAGACGUCGACGCUCAACCCUACAUUCGUGGUAUCGCUUCAGCGUGGCUACGCCAAUGCAAUUACCGACAAGACAGAUUUGCUCACAGUACAGAGCCUCUCGGAGGCGUUGGGCUUUGGCGAUGCGCUUAUUGGAACGGUGUCUGUGCACUUGAGUGGGAAGAAAGCAAGUGCGUGGCGAAAGGACGCCAAGUGGAGGACAAACGCAAUCACGGACAAGCAGAAGAGUGGGAUGGUGGGGCGGAUAGUGGCCAUCUUGAGGGAGUUAGACCUUAAGGCGGGGUACUACGAGGAAAAGCGGUUACGCGAGUUUACCCUGUCCCUCGCACUCGGGCCAUAUAUCGAUAUUAUGAGCGCGUUGACCGUUGACCCCGCGUUGAUGGUCAAGUGGUUGAUGGUGGAUAGACUCCGCGUGUGGCCGAAGUUGGUGAAGGCCCGAUACCCGAACGGUGAUUCCAACAGGCCGAAUAAAAGGAAAAACGAAAAAUGAGGCACAGGGAUGGAUUUAUUGACAAAACUCGAGGUAUGCGUAGGCCAAGGGAAUACAGUGAUGCAUAGUAAACCAGCAGGGCUUGAUAGCAGAAGUUGGUAUUUUCAGAGACAGAGUCUAAGGAUUAGGCUCUGAAUAUUACCCUAGAGUUUGAGACAAAAAGGGAUCUGUAUUGAAAAAAUAUUCGGGCGAGAUUAACUCAGAUAUGUAGAUUUUUUAGAAAAGGUAUUUUUAGUCCAAUUAG